GCCGAUUCGCAGUGAAGUGUCCACGACUUGAUUGUGCUUCAAACUUUCCCAUCAGGACAAAUAUGAUGGCUGUUAAACUUCUACCCGCGCUACAAUUGCUCCUAAUUAUGUGCACCACUGGGUGCCUAUCUUACCCCAACGCAAUUUACGGAACUAAAAGGUAUGGACGAUCUGCCGGCUCUCGGCUGUCCUCAUACGACUCCUAUCCCUACCAAACUGCCAUGCUAAGAACCCAGAGGUACCCCUUAAAUUACUAUAAACUCUAUCCUUACAGCCAAGCCUACCCCGAGGAUUACUACUACCCCCAAGAAUCUUACCCUGUGUACUACCCCGCCCCUAGAACUUCCAAAUACGAAGUUUACCAGGCGGUAUUGCCCUACUACUACCAAGAGCGGCCAGUGACGAGACCAGCUUACAGCUACUACGGGUACGGGGAUCCAAUGGUGGAUCUGCAGGAAGAGAUGAUCCAGGAAGCUGAAAGGGAAGAACGCGAAGAGGCCCAGCCUAUCGGGCACGAGUCUUACUAUGAGAACGACAAUGGAGCGAACGAAGACGAAGCUUUGGAUGAAGUGAACGCUGCUUUCCUCCAGAACCUCAUCUUGUCUCAAAUGUACCAGGACUCUGUCGAGAAUGAAAAGAGCGGCUACGACCAGUAUGCUUACAAUGACUACGACGGUACCUAUGGCAAAUUUGAAGACAUCAACGACAAGCCAACCUACAGCACUGAAGAUGAAGAUGUAAGGGAGUUGAAGCAACUCUCUCACCAAACCAACAGGAAGCAACAGCUCAGGAAUCAAGACAAACCCGACGGCAUCCACUGGUUCCAGAAUAACAAGAACUACAACAGGAACGAGAAUAAGAGGUCCAAUUCCGAUGACGACGUACCGCAAGCCUACCCUGGGCUAUUUACCGAUCGCAAGCCAAUUAUUAAACCUGUAACUACCACAACUCAGACACCAUCGACCACUGAAGAAGCCAAGAAGGAAUCCAGGGGUCAGAAAGAGGAGUUCCAGAUGAGACCGGCCACGCCAGUACGCAAUCCCUUUUCCAACUCUGUACUGAACAUGUUUUCCAGGAACGACAAGGAGAAGAAGAGAACGCCUUCUGUCUACGACACCAUCAGGCACAUGCUCGACGUGGAAAAGAGCCUGGAAAAUAGUCAGAAGGAAUCCGAAGUGCGUCCUUCGAUGAAGAAGAGGAUCGUCACACCCGAGGAGAGCCUGACCCGUCAACUUACAGUUCUCAAGAAAUCGCAGUAA